UCUCGGGGUGCUCCACACCAUGGUUUCUCUGCACUGCGAUGAGGUAUGUGGGCCUGCGCUCGUUCAAUAAUGCCGCUGCUGAAAUUCGAGACGGUACAGCCCAUCUUAUUCUAUCUGGAGCGGAUCCGCAGCAUGUGGGUUGAUCAAAUCCUCGGCGGCGAUGCCGCGCUGGCCGGCGCUGCGGACGCCCACACCGUUCGCGCGAUGGAAUCGCGUGUUCCCCAUAUCUCGAAGCAGGAUAAGGCGUUCCCGGAAAAGCAAAUGAUGACCGACCGGACGUUGUUUCCAUCGAUCUCUCUCCACGAGACACGAGAGGCCAUCUGGGCUCGGCUACAGUCGAUCGACACCCCGAUUCCCAGCCUACGCACGUUCUUCCAGGAUCUUCUUUAUUUGGGCGUGGCGCGCAAGGCGAUGCAGACGCUUCUCUGCCUGCGGGAGCCGGGAUCGACGAGCAAAGUCACGAUCGAUGAGGCACUAGGCGGGCAACGUCCGGCCGGCACAAGCCAGUCUCUGGAGGCUCUCUCCCAGCAAACUCGGCAGGGCCUGCAGGAGCUUUGGCGGUUCUGCUUCCAAUAUGGCUUGGAAAUAGCGGGAACCGCACGCCGUCUGCGUCAGCCACGGAAGCCGGAGCGAUUGCCCGACUCGCUGCAUGCCGGAAAUGAACCAACAUGGAUAAGCCGAACGACGCUGUUGCGCCACUUUUUCUGGCUUGCCGAACAAGAAGGAUUCACCGUCCCCAGCCUGCCCGGUCUAGCGCCGCAGGCCGUGUCCCUGCCGACGCCACAGUCACGCGAUGCGGUGCCGAACCUGAACCCGGAUUGCGAUGAACCUGUUGCCCGACGGCGCGGAGUCCCGUAUGUUGACACGGUUGAUGCCGACCGGUUCGCCCUGGAAAAAGACCGGUUGUGGGAGCGCUGGGAUAGCCCGUACAUCACGGCAGAGUUUGUACGGCGAUCGCAGUUCCAGGCCUUUUUCGGCUACCUCCAUGGUAAUGUUGCACCUAGCCAGGCCGCUGAGAGUCCCUGGGGUGAUGCGCCGGCAUCCGAUGGAGCCGGGACGCCCGACCAUGCUAUGCCCGAUCAAGGCAUCUCCGGGGGUCCUCCAGCAUCUCCCAGCAUCGCAGAUAUGCUACCGGACAUACGCAGCCCUUCUAGCUGGUCCAACGCCUUUCAGGUGAGCGGGCUGUUUGGACUGGAAUCCUUCCAGAUGCCAGGGUGGAGUUUAAGGGUGGACGUGGAGAUUCCGGGACGGGAGACGAAGUCGUUCUUAUUACAAGAGCCAGCAGGGUCGAACGACUCCUUUGUACAGGGGGGCAUCAGCCCAAUUGAAUCGUUCCUCAACGGACUGGGACCGGAAUUUGUGUUUUAUGUUCCAGAAAAUCGGACCAUUCUUCGCGAGCAGGUCCACACCUGGCACCAACAAUGUCCGGACCAAACUCUAACGGCCCGACUGGACCAGCAAAUACUGCAAGAAGCCACAGCGACAAAGGGAAACUCGUUCAAAAGACAUAUCAGGGAGCUGUCUGCGUCCGAGCUGGAAAGUAAACUGGCAGAAGUCGCCGCGUGGGUUGAUAGGCAAGCAGAUGGGCACUGGAUUGUAUCUACUACGGCUAUGCCAACGAUCAAUAUAGCGGAGGGAUAG